GUGUCCUGAAGGCGGGCUGAGUGCAGGGUUCAGUGGAGUCUCAACCCCUCUGUCAUGUCAACGUGCACAUUGCUGCUGGUGUCUCAGGCAGGCUGUGGGCUCAGCGAAUCCCUUCAGCCUUGCGAGCCUUCUCUGCAAACGCAGAUCUCUGACUCUACUUGCAGGCUCUCUGGAGAAAGCAAACCUAUGGGAGAAUGUUUGGACUGUUUCCCUUCUUCUGACCUCUGCCAGUGCUUUGGAGAACGGAUGUCUUUUGUCGAAAGCAACAUUACUAAAUACUUGGAAUCCUCUGCCUUUUUUAAAAGCCAGCACUCUGAAGUAAGCAUGCCCGCUGAACUGUGCUUUGGCCAUUCUGAGGUCUCUGGACAAGGAGAUCCUAAAAAGGAAAACCAGGAACGUGUUGCAGAACUGUGCGCAGAAGAAGAAGCACUUAUUGAAUCCGCUGCACACCAAAAUGCCAUCAAGGCUGAUGGACUUUGCAUUGAAAAUGGUCAAAUCAACGGUGAAUUUUCAGAUCAGUCUUGCUCAUCUGGAUACGACUCUUUGUUGGACAGCUGCUCUGAGCACAGUGAGUGUUUUGAAACAAGCAGUUCUUCAGUUGACUUGGUUGAAAUAAGACAGAACGACGAACUUAGCAUUGCAUUUGAGCCGAGUGAUCAAAGCGAGAUUUCUGAACAAGAUGCCGAACAGUUAACUUUAUCUGAGAUGAGCCUAGACGAUUGUGAGUCUUUUCAACAAGAUGAUGUAGAACAACAAGAUGAUGCAGAACAGAUCUUUUUAACUGAGAUGAGACUAGGUAAUUGUGACUCUUUUGAACAUGAUGAAGUACAGUUAAACCCAUUGGAGACGAGCUCAGAUCUUUAUGAGUUUAUUCCACAAGAUGAUGGAGAACUGCUAACUUCAUCUGAGUUUAGCCCAGACUGUUUUCAACAAGAUGAUGCAGAAGAAAUCAUCUCAUCUGAGAUGAGCCUAGAUGAUUGUGAAUCUUUACCUCAAGAUGAUGCAGAAGGAGAUCUUUGUGAUUCCUAUCCACAAGCUGAUGUUGAGUCCUCACAAUUAGAUGCUUCAGAUCACGAAUGUGAUUCUGAAUGUGAUGCAGAACAUCAGGAACAGUACAGCGAGUAUGAAAACAGCAUAUCUGAAGACAACCUAUCUGAUCAAAACAGUGUAGUUGAACUAGAUUCUAAAGACUGCGAGACAUCUACACAGUCCGAACUUAACAAUCAAAACAAGCUUGAUAAAUACCAUGCCACACAUUUUGAAUCCCCUGAACUGUGUCAGGACUCUAAAGAAAGUAAGCCAUCUGACCACUGUGUGUCCCUUGAGCACAUGCAGCUUACUGGGCAAAUGUACACCGCUGAUGACAGAGUUCUUCUAAACAGCCUAGAUGGUUGCACUUGUUUGUCGAAGAACUUUGAUUGUAGUCUGACCUUUGAUUCCCCAACUGAAGGGUAUCAAGACUGUGACCCACUUUGUGAACACAGCGAAUCCCCUGUAUGUUUUAAGACUUUAGAACAAUGCACAAGCUGUGGAACUUAUUUCGAGAAAUGGGAUGUCCGUGAACAAUGCACUCCCUCUGUGCCCACUGACCAUUCUGAAGGCCCACAUCCAAGCGGACUUGAAGAAAAAUGCCCCGAGUCUUCAAAAACACACAGCUCUGUCUUUCACAACCCUGACAUAGCCAAAGAAAAUUUGCCUAAUCAUAGGGGAACUCAGGUUAGGAAGCCCGAGUCCGAUGCCAUGUUUUCUGGAUCGAUGGAAACCUUUGAGGCUCGGUGGCUUUCUCAAUUUCUUACUGAUCUUUUGAGGCACAAUAAAGAGGCUUCAAGUCUUGCUGCUGAAAUCAGUCAGUCAAAUGAAGAGGUAGAAACCCCUGAAGUUGUAGAUUGUAAGCAUGAAGCUCAAGGUUUGGAUAUCUGUAGAAAGCUCUGCAGAAAGUGUGACGAGUUGGAGAACGGGCCUCAGUCUUUUCAACCUGCUGAUGAUGAGAAGAUAAAGUUUGAACGCCACUCGAAUUUGGACAUCUCCCUGGAUGCAAUGACCACAGCAGCUUCAGACGAAUCGAGUGAGGAGGAGUAUGGUGACUGCAUGGAUGGUAAAAGUCAAGAUAGCUCUGAAACCGAUGAGUCUUUCAAAAGUUUUGUUGAGUCUGAAUCGUUUGAGAUCUUCUCAGAUCAACCAUGUGAGAAGGAAAACCUCCUUGGAGAGGAUGACGAGUCCUUGAGUCACAAUCUGCAUUCAGAUGAAUACUCUGAUGAAGAUAAUGACAGGAACUUCAAUAUGUAUACACAGGAAAGGUUAGAUGCUUGUGAAGAUGCAUGUGAGAUUGAUUCUGAGCAACAAGUGACAGGAAAGGAAAGCAUUAAAACAUAUGCUGAAGCUGUAGCUGUUGGACUCCCAGUUGACCCGGGUCAGAUCCAUGAAUGUGCCAAACCAGAUGAGGUCCAUGAAACUGAAGAUUAUGAGCCUGCUUUUAUGGAUGAAUGCUUCUCGUUGUAUUCUGAGGGCAGGGAUGAUGAACCUUCCCACAAAAAUGGAGAGGUCAUUGAUGCUAAUAUGGAUGUGCAGGUGUCCUGUGUUGCAGCUGUUGAAGCUUAUGGACUUGAAGAAGUGGUUGAAAAUGCUUUCGAUGGUGGUUCCACAGAAUUGUGUGCUGUGAAGGACACACUUCAAGAAGGUGAUACUUCAGAAUCACCUGUUGAAGAAAGUACGUUGUUAGAAAAUGAGGUCAGUCAAGAUUUAACUGAAGAUACAGAAAAUGUACAAGAUCUCAGUUCUGUGGUUGAAACUGAUGGAAACAAGAAGGCGGAUUCUGACUUUGAUGAAACCGAUGAGGCUCAUGGUCCUUGUUGUGGAGAGAUUGAAACUACUGAAGAUGAAGAAACAACCCUGUUUGACUUUGAGGAUGUUGUGGGAUGUUCUAAGGAAGGUAAAGAGACCCCAACUGCUGAUCAACUGGUCUCUUGUGCCUUUGAGGAGCAGUCAAACACAGAGACUAGCUCUCUUUGCGUAUCAGAUGGUCAGCAAGAGACCUAUACCGAGCCUAUAGACACUUCUGGACUCCUUGAUCCUCCUGGAACAGAUGGUCUGUCUGAGGAGAACCAGAAAAAUGAAAAAUUAGAGGAGCUUAUACAUCAGGUUGCGAGAAGUGAAGCAUCUGAACAAGACACGUUAUUAAAGUCUGACCAAAAAAACAGUGAACAGAGUUAUUCUUAUGAUGAGAGUGAUGUAUCUGAAGAUGAAGAAUACCCAGAGGACUGUGAUUGUGAAUUCUGUCUACCGCCCACAGAUCAGGUCCCAGCCAAACCACUUCUUCCACAGAUAAAGUCUAAAGAUGUAGGGAAGAUCUGUGUAGUCAUUGAUCUGGAUGAAACACUAGUCCACAGUUCAUUCAAGCCGGUAAACAAUGCUGACUUUAUCAUUCCAGUGGAAAUUGAUGGGACAGUACAUCAGGUGUAUGUGUUGAAGAGACCUCAUGUUGACGAGUUCCUCAAACGGAUGGGUGAACUGUUCGAGUGUGUGUUAUUCACUGCAAGCUUAGCCAAGUAUGCUGAUCCCGUCUCGGAUCUGCUGGACAAGUGGGGAGCUUUCCGAAGCCGUCUUUUCCGGGAAUCUUGUGUGUUCCACCGUGGAAAUUAUGUCAAGGACCUAAGCCGUCUAGGCAGGGACCUCAACAAAGUCAUCAUUGUGGACAACUCGCCAGCCUCCUACAUCUUCCACCCAGACAAUGCUGUACCUGUAGCCUCCUGGUUUGAUGACAUGUCUGACACAGAGCUGCUGGAUCUCAUCCCUUUCUUCGAGAGACUGAGUAAAGUGGAUAAUGUCUACACUGUUCUGAAGCAGCAGAGGACUACUAGCUAGCACGACACUAAAGGCAGCUGUCAAUAUGGGGCCAGGGAGGCUGCUGGGCUCGGAGCACCACACUGCUUCCCCCUAACAGGACCAGCCACUAGCUCAGUCCUCAUCACCUACCCAGAAUUCCAUUCACACGAUGUUUGAUAGAGAAAAAGAAGUUGAAUGACAGAACUGUGAAGGACUGCUUUAGCUAUUAUCUGCAUACAAUAAGAAGCUGAUUGUUUUAACACUCAAUUGCGUGAAUCCCAGGAAAGCGGGAAAGGCCGUAUUUCACCCUAAAGUCAAAGAAUGCAAACUAUAUUUUGCUUAAAGAAAAAUAUGACAUUAUUUUGACAACUAAGCACAUUCCCUCAGAUUUUUGCCGUAAAAAUGCAAACUUAUAUUUACUGUAAUGUGCAAAAUAUAUAUAUAUAUUAUUUAAAUUGUAUUGUAUUUAUACAUUAUGGUUGUAUUUGUUGUACUGCCUUUAAUUUAUGCUUCUUUAUGCAAAGUACUGUAUUACAGUAAUGUAAUGAAAAUCACCAUUGUGAAUAAUAAUAGAAUUUACAAAAAGAAAAAAAAAUUGCAGAAUAUCCAGAUUUAUUAUGGUAAAAAAUGAGGGACAAAUUGUUUAAUUGCCAUUAAUUUUGCAGUGCAAAAAGCUGUUUUCUUUAUGCAAAUAUUAUUUUGUAUUCAUUUUUCUUUUGAUUUUAGAGUGAAAUGUGGCCUAUGCAUGUUUUCGUGCGAUUCACCCCAAAAGUGUUACUCCUCCUUUGCAACUCUUUCAUUUUCAUGGUUGAGGGAAGCCUUGUUAAAAUGAAACAAGUUGAUUGUCCUCUUUGUUUGGAGUUGAAAAGAUGUUUUUUUUAAGAAAAUGACUUCCUCUUCUUGGGUUCGCAUCUUGAGUUAAACUUCCCUCAUUCCCUGUGUUUAACGAGUUUACUUCAAGAUCUCAAGUGAGGAUGAAACCAUGAAUGGCAAUCACAUGGAAUAAUAUGCUGUCUUUUUUAUCUCCCAACUUUUUUCGGACUCUAAAACAAGCAUUCAUCCAUUUAUUGUUCAAAAAUCAUGUUUUUUUUAAUCCCUCCUUCUCCGAUUUCUAAAUCAGAUAUGAAAGAGUCAUGAUGCAAUCAGCCAGCACUUGAAAUUCAAGUUUCACAAAGCGACAGAUGUAAGAAAGGGAAAUCGGUCCGGCACUCACCGUGCCACGCGGCCCGUUUUCACUCCGAAGGUUAAGCUAGCUUUCGAAUCAUAUUCAGUAUGCUUUAUUUUGUCUAAUGCGAGGUCAUUCGCCGUGGCCUUAAAAUUACUGUAGCAAAAAUUCGUCAGACAAUAUCAAAGUGGUCUUAUUUACAAAAUCAGAGUGUCUGAUACUGUAUAGUUUUAAAUUCAUAACAGUAUGCCAUUUGUGUGUUUGUAUUAAUCAAAACGAGUAAAGAAUACUGGAAUCAAAUCUUGAUUUGUCAGUGGAAACAGAUGUUCAACUUGUAAUGCCUUAACUCUCCAUUAGAUCACUAAGCUGUCAGAUGGUUCAUUGAGAAAGUGAUUUGGGCAUUGGGGUAAGCUUGCUGUACCGUGGACUGGAGAGCCCCUGUUAAUGUGCAGUUGACGUGCCUUCUUGUUAGUUGCCAUUUAAUAUGGAGGGUUUUCCUAAUGGGGAUCGUAUACUUGCUCAGCACUAUCUGAGUUGAUUGUUUUGCAAGUGCCAAUAUUGAUGUUUCGAGACAUAAUGGUGAUGUUCGUGUGUCCGGGAGAGAGUGGAAAGAUGAUGUUAUGGUUUUUAAUACUGGUGUUUUGUCCAUUUUUCAGUGUUUGACUUUUUAAAUAGGUUUGGUGAUGGCCAAACAUUUGCCAUCUCUAUAUUUGUGAUAUUAAUGAAAAUAGUGCUGUGCCAUGGAGAAAAAAAAGAUUUUGUUAUUCAUAAAAGUUUAAAGAG